AUGGCGCCUGGGCACGGUGGCAAGAGAAAGCGCAGCGAGCGCGCAUGGUCCGGUGACUCAGCGAAUAACGACAGCUCGAGGCCUUCUCCCCAUCGCCCCGGCACACUCAACAUGGCGCGACACCCUCAUCACGCAGGGAGCCAAUCCAACCAACAUCGAGACCAGCCUGAUUCACGCGACCGAUCCCGCCGGCAGUCGAAUCGCUCAGUUGGUGGUCGGCCUUCUUCUCGUCGCGGAUCUCACGAUGGUCAGAAUUUUCCAAGCUCACAGCAGAAGGAACAGGGCGCGAUGUCUCCCCCAGCCCCGAAUCAGCACAAAGAGGUUGCUGAGCCCACCCAGAUCAAUGGGGAACCUGCGCUCCAGCUGGUCUCGUCUUCAGUGCCCAAUGCUCCUGCGUCACAGCCGCAACCCCGUCCCCCGUCCCGAGCUGGCUCCGAAGCCACGGUCCGCCGUCCGUCCGUCCCGCCCACUCCUUACGAUUAUGAGUAUGUCACGGAUGGCGCGGUCACAGAGUGGGGAUUGACUGGGAAACAAAAGGUCGUGGAAGAAGGGAUUGCGGCCCGCUUGCAGCAGGAUCUCGCUCGGUUGGCAUCGGUCUACCAGGAGCUUAUUCGGUCUGCCAUUUACGGCCGUUUAUCGUCAGCUGAUGCCGGGGUCGCCGUCAAAGAAAUAAUAGACGAGGAGCUAGUGUCGCAGGAUGUGGAUAUGGAAAGGGCCGUCGACAGAGCUUCAACAUCCGAAUUGGACCCUCGAUCUUUAUUCCUUGAUACCCUUUCCAUCGUUACGGACGCAGACACAUCCAACCCGGCCCUUCGACCUCUCGUGUUUGCCACAAAUAUCUCCCCAGCCCUGAUGCGCUUGCAGCUUGAUACCCCUUUGUUGCAGUCACUGGGCUUGGUCCGUGAAACCUUUGCACGCAUGGGGAUUCGCAAGCAGACCAAUCUCCUCUACCGGCAGUCUAAUUAUAAUCUGCUCAGGGAAGAGUCCGAAGGAUACUCGAAGCUUCUCACCGAGCUGUUUACCACUAGCAGCAACGAGCCGCCGUCAAGUGAAGUGGUCGAAGAUACGUUCGAGAAGGUGAAGGCUAUGGUUGGGGCAUUUGAUAUGGAUGUUGGCCGAGUUCUCGAUGUGACGCUUGAUGUCUUUGCUGCAGUCCUGGUUAAGCAAUACCGAUUCUUUGUGAAGCUCCUGCGGGCUAGCUCCUGGUGGCCCAAGGAUGACCCAGCUCACUGCAUCGACAGUGGCCGUCCCAAUUCGAGGCUACCAAACUGGGCCUUGCCUGGCUCAACGGGCUGGGUAACAACGGAAGAGGAACGUGCGACCAUCAUGCAGGCCAACGAGCAGCGCGACCGAGAGUUCUGGGAUCGAGUGAGACAAAUCGGCAUUCGCGCCUUUUUCGAGAUUGGUCGUCAACCGAUUUCCGAGGAUGAAAAGCAACGGGCAUUUCCAGAUGCGAACGGGCAGCCCGAGGAAGACGUGACUCGCACUUGGAUUGAAGAGACCGGGGCCCUACCGCCAAAGGGAAACCGGGUUGCGGCGCAACUUCUCGGGUUCAAGCUACGAUUUUACUCCUCAUCGGCUCGUGCCAAAUCUGAUGUUCUUCCCGACAAUCUCAUCUACUUGGCGGCUCUGCUAAUCAAAGUGGGCUUCAUAUCCCUGCGAGACCUCUACGCCCACCUUUGGCGACCCGAUGAUUCGAUGGAUACACUGAGAGACGAAAAGAUGACGGAAAAAGUAGAGAGAGAGAGGGCAGCUCGACCCGGUGGCGGCGUAAACGCUCUGAUGAUGGCUGGUGCUCUUUCGGACGACACGCUCCCUGGCCCCCGUAUGCGUGAAUCGGAGUCACGGGCGACCCCUUCGAAAGAACAGGAAUUCGAGAAGCAGAACGCAGCCAGAACAGAAGACUAUCUACCAGACCCUUCGGACCAGAAGGUACUGUUAUUAAAAAGUCUUCUCGCCAUUGGUGCUAUCCCUGAAUCCUUGUUCGUCAUGAGCAGAUUCCCCUGGUUAAUGGAUGUCUACCCCGAAUUGCCUGACUUCAUCCACCGGAUUCUCCAUCACGCUUUGAGCAAAGUCUAUAACCAAUUGCGGCCCUUGUCAUCCAUUGAAGAUUUCCCCGGACAGCAACAAAUUCCGAGCCUCGAUCAAUCUAGUGUGGGAAAGGGACAAAUUCGACUUGCACCAUCACCACCCAGGCGAGUUCUGCGUUGGGCUCAGCUGGAUAAAGAAGACACCAACGAUGGCACCGACUAUCGGUUUUACUGGGAUGAUUGGGCCGACAGCAUACCCAUUUGCCAGACUGUGGAUGAUGUCUUUGCGCUGUGCUCCUCAUUCCUGAAUCUCUCCGGCCACAAGAUUGGGCAAGAUGCGAGUUUGUUGACGAAACUUGCGCGAAUUGGCAAGAACAGCUUGGUCAAGGACGGGUCAGAUCAGAACAAAACUCGAUGGCGAGACCUCUGCAAGCGGCUGCUGUUGCCCGCUGUCAGUCGUACGAAGGAAAACCCUGGCGUGGUCAACGAAGUUUUCGAUCUGGUCAGUUUCUUCCCUCGUGACGUCCGAUACAACAUGUACGCAGAGUGGUAUGCGGGCCAGACAUCACGACUGCCGGACAUCAAAUCUGCCUUUGACCAAGCCCGUUCGGAGACCAAGGACGUUCUCAAAAGGCUCAGCAAAACCAACAUCCGGCCAAUGGCCCGUGCGUUGGCCAAGAUCGCUUUCGCCAACCCGGGAAUUGUCAUCAACGUCGCAAUCAACCAGAUCGAGUCCUACGAAAAUCUCAUCGAAGUUGUGGUUGAGUGCGCGCGCUACUUUACCUACCUGGGAUAUGACAUUCUGACCUGGUCGCUUAUCAACUCGCUUGGCCAAAAGGGACGGAGUCGUGUGCAGGAGGGCGGCUUGCUGACCAGUCGAUGGCUGAAUGCCCUGGCCACCUUUGCUGGUCGCACCUUCAAGCGGUACUCGGUGAUGGACCCCACCCCGCUGCUCCAGUACGUUGUGGAGCAACUUCGGCACAACAACUCGACCGACCUCAUCGUGUUGGAGCAGAUGAUUAGCUCAAUGGCUGGUAUCAUCACUGAUAACAGCUUCAAUGAUGCCCAGAUCCAGGCCAUGGCCGGAGGGGACGUUCUCCAAUCACAGACUAUUUUGCAACUGCUGGAUAAGCGACACGAGUCCAAAACUACUUCCAAACGGCUGCUGAAGUCAUUGACUCACACCAGACUCGCUGGGCAAUUGCUGGUUGCAAUUGCCCAAGAGCGGUUGACCUGUGUUUACCACGAGGAGUCUUCGGAGCUCAAACUGCUAGGCAAUAUCUUCGACGAGAUCCACCGCAUCCUCACCCAGUAUCUCGAUUUGCUCCUCAGUAAUUUGUCGGUAGACGAGUUUGAUUCCUUUGUUCCCAACUUUGAAUCUCUCAUCAAGGAGUUCGGCAUUCAACCUGAGAUCGCCUUCUGGAUUCGGCGCGUCAGCGUCUCCCGGAAGAUUGCGGACGUCGAACAAUCGAAGGAGGAACCAGACGCCCCCGUGAAGGCAAACUCCGGCAAUGCAGUGCCUGCGUCAACGUUCGAGGACAAUAACAAAAUGGACACUGCCGAUGACGGGAAGUUACCCGCGAAAAAAGAAGGACCGCCUGCAGGGGAUAAUGCUAUGGAUGUCGACAAGACUGAACAAGGAACCGACUCUACUCCCGUCCCUAUCGCCGAACCCUUGGCUUCAAACCCUGUAAUGCAGGAUCUGAUCGAUAACGUCAAAUCCGCCUUGCCAUCCGAGACGUGGGAAGUGGUGGGUCCCCAUUUCUACGCAACCUUCUGGCAGCUUGGCCUCUACGAUGUGCAUAUCCCUCAAAAGGCUUACGAGGACGAGAUCGACCGGUUGAAGCGACGGGUCGUGGCCAUCAACAAUGAUCGGUCUGAUCUCAGCAUGGCAGGCACGCAGCGCAAAGAAAGAGAGAAGAAAAAUCUUACCCAGCUGCAGGAGCGGAUUCUAGAGGAGAACAAAACUCAUCUGAAGACAUAUGGGCAGACGCGCGCGAGGUUGCAGAAGGAGAAGGACCGUUGGUUUGCCGGUAUGCGCCUCAAACAUGAUGCUCUGAAUGUGGCACUGCUAGAGCAGUGCUUUAUACCUCGGCUGCUCCUGUCUCCUCUUGAUGCAUUCUUCAGCUUCAAGCUGCUCAAGUUCCUGCAUAUCUCGGGAACACCCAACUUCCGGACCGUUGGGCUACUUGAUCAGCUCUUCCGUGAACAACGGCUCACGGCACUCAUUUUUCUGUGCACAUCCAAAGAAGCUGACAACCUGGGACGUUUCUUAAACGAAAUCUUACGUGAUCUCACGCGAUGGCAUGCCGACAAGUCUGUCUACGAGAAGGAGGCGUUUGGCACCAAGAGAGAUCUUCCAGGAUUUGCGAAAAAUGUGGACCCCGAGGGCACACCGGUCAUGUUCUUGGAGUUUGAAGAUUUCCGACGCCUUCUCUACAAGUGGCACAGACUGCUGUCGAAUGCGCUCAAGGCAUGUCUUAAUGGAGGCGAGUACAUGCACAUACGCAACGCCAUCAGUGUUCUCAAGGCAGUGGUCCAGCAUUUCCCGGCUGUGAACUGGAUCGGCCGUGAUAUGCUGAAUUCUGUCAAUAACCUGAGCAAGAAUGAUGACCGGGACGACGUCAAAAUCCCCGCAGCUUCACUGAUUGGUGAUCUCAACCGACGAGAGAAAAAGUGGAUGCUUCCGCAGGCGUUCAACCUUGUGAAGGCCCAAGCUGACGCCGGUCAACCCAAAACGGGCUCUGUACCCCCAACCGAUGCCUCUGGAAAGCCCGGGACUCCGGGACCCCAGCCCACCACCUCGACACAACUCAAUGCGACAGCCGCGGAGUUCAACCCCCUCGGCGCCCAAGAUGCGGAGAGUGCUGCAAAACAGGAGCCCUCCGGUAAAGCCGAAGUUGAGGAUGGCGAGAUCGAGGAUGCGAAGAUGACGAAUAUUUCCCCUGGCCAAAGCUUGGAGGAAGCAAAACAGCUAGUCGGUGCGGCGACACUCUCUCAAGCGGAAUCGACCCCAACAGCUGCGGACUCAGCUAACGCCAUGGACACGACGCCGGGCCCAACAUCCGCUGAUCGCUCUACUACCGCAGUCGAACGUGUACAGACCGAACCACCCGUGCGACCCCGCCCAGGCUCUCGGACCGCCGAGUCAGGGCGUCAAGCAGACCUCCCAAAACGACCGGAAAUCGAGCGCUCCGCGUCGAAUACCACACCUCGCCAGCAAUCUCACCUACCCCGUCUGCCACGACACGGCGAUGGAAGACUGCCCCCGCGCCCUGAGUUGAUGGAUGACCGCCGAGACAGGCACCAUGACUUCAACCCUCGCACUCGCCACGGAGCCAGUGGUGUUGACCAUGGGCGCUCGUUUGAUAGUCCCGCAAGUGAAUUUCGAGGCCAUGGGCGUCAUGGUGACCGCGAUCGCGACUUUGCGGCGAGACUCCCUGGUGAUGAGCCAAUGCGUGGCCCGCCUUACCGCGAGGGUCGGCUGCCGCGGGAGCAGGAUUGGCCGUCUGAUCGCCCUGGACGACUGCGUCCCCCUUCGGACUCGUUUCAUGGGCACGGUGAACUCAUGCCCGAGUACCCUGACCGACCAGGCGAUGGUCCGCGGCGCGGAGAUUUUCCAAGACCCGAUAAAGACGACCGAAGGCCUUACCCCCCUCGUCCUUUGUCGCCACGAUCUGACUUACCCAACCGCCCCGAACGAUUCCCCGCCGAUGACCAUCGGCCUGCCUCCUUUCCUCAGCCUGUCCGCCAUGAAGACUUCCCACGAGGCCCCCGCACCGACCGUCCUGUUGAUGCUAGGGAUGGUGGGUUUGGCGCCGAUGUGAACCAAGGUCGGUUGCGUCAGCCCGAGAUCCCAUCAGAUAUUCCUUCUGGACCUCGGGGACGGCGUGGCGGGCGUAAUGCUUCGGGUCAGCCUCCAGUGCCCGGCAAUGGCCGCGCACCAACUCCCGAACGCCAUCUGCCUACUGGCUCCGGCCGACAGAGCGGGCGUGGAGCCCCCGAGCAAGCGGCAUCGGCAACAGCAGCUCCCACCGCUGAAGCCCUUAAUAUCGCAGGCAUUCAUCCUGAUCGGCUCAAACAUAUUGUCCAAGAGCCACCGUCUCAGCAAGCACCCUCUGCUGCUAUGACCCCUCCCUCGGGGCCACGCGGUGGAUCAGGUACACAAUCCGCACCCCGUGGACCAUCGUCUGGGGCAGGCUUCGGUGGAGAACGUGGACGCGGUGAUAAACGGUUCGCCGGUAUUAAUACCAUGCUCCAACAAUCCGGUGGACCUGUUGAUCGCGGUGGCGCCACUCCGCCAAUGCGCGGGAGAGGUGCAAACCGACAAUCCGGGUACGUGAACGCACCCUCUCCACAACCAUCGGGUCGCCCGUCCCUGGGCCCUGGCCCGCCUGAGGAUGACAGCUCCUCGCGCAAAGGCACUGGGCGAGGCGGUGACUUGAUCGAUGACGCAGGCCUCGAAUCUCGCCGCUCAGGGCGACACGGCGACCGGGAUCGUGAGCGCCGCAGCAAUGAGACCAACGGCGGCGGAAGCCGGCGUGAGGAGCAUCGCGAGCGCGGCCGAGACCAUGAUCGCGAACGCAGUCGUCGGGGUGAUGUAGCUGGCGGAGCAGGUCGAGACGAGAAGGAGCGUGAUCGAGAACACCAUGCUGAACCCCGCCAAUCCCUCCGACGAGCUCCAAGCUCACGAGAAGAAAUGCGGCGGCGGGACCGGCGCGAGCGGGACGAUGGAGCACCGGAGACCGGCGGACCUGCGGCCAGCACCGGUCAGAUCCACGAACCUGAGGGUCGUGCUCGUCCGCCUUCAUCGAUGGGCGUCCCGCCGCCGCCACCCCCUCCACCACCCCCUUUGCCCGCGGAUGCAAACGACCGUCGCUGGGGACCUGGGGAUCGGGGCAACCGGUCUGACAACCGGGAUCGCGAACGAGAACGUCGAGGUGACCGCGGACGUGAUCGAGAUCGCCGCGACAGUGGCCCUGGCCCCCGCAAGCGCGGUCGUCAAGGCCAGGAAGACCACUCAGGAGAUGGGCCGCGAGGAACCAGAACGGGUGACAACAAGCGUCCCCGGCGUGGGGCGUGA